AUGUCCACGAUGGCGACAGGUCCGUCGCAGGCCAUUCGGUUUAUUGUGAACAGGACUGGCAAUCUGCCCGUCAUCAAAGAUGCGCAGAUUGACCCUACCUGGACGGUCGAUCGCAUCAUUCGAGAAUGUUUCGCCUCCGAGCUUGCAGAAGGAGAACACGUUCGGCUCAUUUAUAUGGGUCACGUGCUCCAAGGAAAUGCAACGCUGAGUUUCAGCCUUUCAGGGAACUCUCCGUAUGCAGGCGUAGUACGGAGCAACGGGGCUUCCGCGCCAGCCGCAUCCAGUGGGCUGUGUACAAUCCAUGCGCACAUCCGGGCAGACUCAGGACCCGCUGGGAGGGCAGCCCCCAGAAAUCUUAACCACGAUGGUAGCACGGUCGCGGGCGGCGGCGACUGGUCAACAACAGUACUGAGAGUGGCCAGUUUUAUCAUUCUAGGAGCGUGCUGGUAUCACAGGGCUAUCUCCCCUAUAGAUUAUACCAUUGUGUCGACAGCGAUUCUGUGUGUUUUCACUGCCAUAUUUCUUCUUUGCAUGCGAUCUGUGUUUGACAUGUCGCUGCGUACUUUGCUCCGGAUACUCCGGUUGCCACGUUUACUCUCCUGA